CCGCCCGCCCCGUCCGCCGGCCCCGCGCCAUGGCCCCCGGGCGCCUCGGCCGCCUGGCGCUGCUGCUGCUGUGCCUCUGCGGCGAGGCCGCCGCCGGGAGGGACUUCUACAAGAUCCUGGGGGUGUCCCGCGGCGCCUCCAUCAAGGACAUCAAGAAGGCCUACCGCAAACUGGCGCUGCAGCUGCAUCCCGACAGGAACCCCGACGACCCGCGGGCGCAGGAGAAGUUCCAGGACCUGGGCGCUGCCUACGAGGUGCUGUCAGAUGAGGAGAAGAGGAAGCAGUACGAUGCCUACGGGGAGGAGGGACUGAAGGAUGGGCACCAGAGCUCCCACGGAGACAUCUUCUCCCACUUCUUUGGGGACUUUGGGUUCAUGUUUGGAGGGAACCCUCGCCAGCAGGACAGGAACAUUCCGCGGGGAAGCGACAUCAUCGUGGACCUGGAGGUCACGCUGGAGGAGGUGUACUCAGGAAACUUUGUAGAGGUCGUCAGGAACAAGCCCGUGGCAAGACAGGCGCCGGGCAAGAGGAAAUGCAACUGCCGGCAGGAGAUGAGAACGACCCAGCUGGGGCCUGGCCGCUUCCAGAUGACCCAGGAAGUGGUUUGUGAUGAAUGUCCAAACGUCAAGCUGGUGAAUGAGGAGCGGACGCUAGAAGUGGAGAUAGAGCCCGGGGUGAGGGAUGGCAUGGAGUAUCCCUUCAUUGGGGAAGGUGAGCCCCACGUGGACGGGGAACCAGGCGACUUGCGCUUCCGGAUUAAAGUUCUGAAGCACCCAGUCUUUGAGAGGAGAGGGGACGACUUGUACACGAACGUGACGAUCUCGCUGGUCGAGGCACUGACGGGCUUUCAGAUGGACAUCACCCACCUGGAUGGGCACAAGGUUCAUGUUGCUCAAAGUAAAAUUACAAAGCCUGGAGCCAAAAUGUGGAAGAAAGGAGAAGGCCUCCCAAAUUUUGACAACAACAACAUCAAAGGCUCCCUAAUAAUAACCUUUGAUGUGGAGUUCCCCAAAGAGCAGCUGACCAGCGACCAGCGGGAAGGUCUCAAACAGCUGUUGAAACAAGGCCCAGUGCAGAAGGUGUACAAUGGCUUGCAGGGGUAUUGACCUGGGGGUGGGGGGAGGAGUUUGGGGGGUGGAAAUUGGACUUCACUGAGAAUGCAAAGUGAGAUUUGUUUGCAGCCUCUUCUCCUGCCCACUGUGGGGUUGGAAAGAGGGAGCCUGGGCCAAUUGCUGAGGUAUAUCUUUUUAGUUCUUUCUGGGUUUUUUUUCUCCCUUUGUAAUUGAUUGAAGUGUUCAGACAAGUUGGGGGGGAAAUUCCCUGCACAGGACAUCACUGGUGCUGCCCCUCACGUUCCACAGCCAGGAACAACAAAGAGACUCCCAAAGGAAAGGAAAGGGCAAAGGAGUUUCCAGUCCCACACAGGUUGGAGUUCCUGGGUUUUACAUGUAUUUUGAUGUGACUUUUCUUGGCCAUCUCAGCAUAUUUUGACAGCUUCUGCUUCUGAUGUCCUUUGUGUCAGUCUCUUGCCAGUUCCUGGUGCGUUGGGGUUUGGGUUUGCCUCGUCUCAGCCCUUCCUCCUGUUCCCCUCUGAGUGUGGAGCAUGGCCUUGCUGCAGAGGCUGCUCUGCUGGGGUGGGAUUAAAGUGCUUUUGGGGGUGGGCUGGGCAGGAGAGGCUUUACAGACCCCUCCAUGUGGCUGGGAAAGCAGAGGCAGAGUCUCUCAAGGCUCCUGUGGACUCUACCAAGUCAUCUCCUCAUCCCAAGAGUUAGUGGUUGGUUUGAAGCUUGAGGGGACACUGAGCAAAGGCUCCUCAGCCUUCCACAGUGGGAUGGAGGGACAGAAGGGCUCCUACUGGCCUUGGCUCUUCCUCCUUGCCCCUAAAUGUAACCAACACCUUGUCUGGACACGUCCCCUCACCUCCUGCACUCUGUCCUCUGUGAGGAUGGGGGAGGCUGGUGGCACAGAAAUAAAGAUGUUGAGUUGGAAUGGCAAAA